CAAAAUAUUCGGGUCCGCUGUCAAAACUGUUGUUUAUGUAAUUUCAAAAUAAAAAAAUUCUAAAUUUUUAUUGUAUUGUUGUUUUAAGUUAUAAUUUCCGCUUAGAAGUAGAAACACAUCGUCGUUAUGGGAACAGUUCACGCCAAGGCGCAGCAAGGCGGCGACAGUGUGGGCGAGGUUGGGGGGGGACUGUUUGAGUUCGAGGAGCCGCUGGAGAUGGAAGACGAGCGCGUCGCGAAGCCCACCAUCAAGCUCAAUGGAGUCCGGGCCCGCGUGGACCGCGUGCACGUGGACGGGCUGAACCGUACGAAGGACGACAUCAUCCGCAGCACCGUGGACGACCUGUUCCAUGCCACCGACUUCGAGGACGUCAUACUACGAGCGCACAAGGUGCGGCGCGCGCUGGACGAGAUGGGAUGCUUCCGCGACAUCGGAGUGUUCAUCGACGUGUCCUCGGGGCCUGGAGCCACGCCUGAGGGACUCGAGGUGACGUUCCAGGUCCGCGAGCUGUCCCGCGUGGUGGGCGGCAUCAACACCACCGUCAGCGAGAACGAGGGCAACCUCGUGCUGGGCGUGAAGAUGCCGAACGUGUUGGGUCGCGGCGAGCGGCUGGCGGCGGAGUACAGCAUGGGCUACCGGUCCUCGUCCAACUUCAGCGUGGCGGCCACCAAGCCCUUCCCCCACAAGCCGCUGGUGCCGGUGCUGGCCGCCACCGUCUACCAGCAGAACCACGAGUACCCCUGGUCCGGCUACCGUCUGCUGGACCGCGGCGCGCUGCUGGACCUCGCCUUCAAGACCUCGCCCGCGACGCGGCACAACGUGCAGUGGGAGGGCAUGGUGAGGGACACCGCCGUGCUCAGCAAGACCACCAGCUUCAAGGUGCGGGAGAGCAGUGGUCCGCAGAUGAAGUCCAUCCUGCGCCACAUCGUGUGCGUGGACCACCGCGACGAGCCCAUGUUCCCGACGCGCGGGACCUGGAUGCAGUUCACGAGCGAGCUGGCGGGGCUAGGGGGGGGCGUGGCGCACCUCCGCACGGAGCUGCUGGCGCAGGCCAACCACUCGCUGCGGCCCGAGCUGGUGCUGCAGGCCUCGGCCGCGCUGGGCGUGCUGCACGACGUCUUCGGCACCGAGCUGGCCGACCACUUCUUCCUGGGGGGGCCGACCUCGCUGCGGGGCUUCCGGCAGCGCGGCGUGGGCCCGCACUGCGACGGACAGGCCACGGGGGGCCGCGUGUACUGGGCGGCAGGCCUGCACCUGUACGCGCCGCUGCCCUUCCAGGGCUCCCGCACGGGGCUGGCCUCGCUGUUCCGCUCGCACCUCUUCGCCAACGCGGGCUGCCUCGCGAUGCCGGAGGGCGCGGGGCUGGCGGCGCUGGAGGCGCUCCGCGAGGCGCGAGUGUCGGUGGGGGCGGGGCUGUGCGUGCGACUGGGGCGCGGCGCGCGGCUGGAGCUCAACUACGCGCUGCCGCUGCGCGCCGGGCCCGGGGACGUCCGCGCGCCCGGGUUACAGUUCGGGGUCGGCGCAAACUUCCUAUAGGAGGCACCGUGCGUGUGCCGAGGUGCUGCAGGAGGCGCGCAGUGCGCAUGCGCGUGCAUAUUGUAAAUAGUAGCAACAUCAAUAUCGUAUUAUUUAAUUGUUUGUUCAAAUAAACCUAUUGUUAUAUAAUGUUGAA